UAAUCGAUCUCAUUCUUUAAAACCUGACUUCAGCAGUGCUCAGUUCACCUCCAAAGCAAACACGAAGACGUAUCAAAAAGGGAGAUGGUCUGGAAGAAGGCAUCACAGGCUCGGCCAGCAUUUAUUGCCCAUCUCUAAUUGCCCUGAGGGCAAUUAAGUGUCGACCAAAUGGCUGGAUCUAGAGUCAUACGUGGGCUAGAGCAAGUAAGGAUGACUGUUGCUUUCCUUUAGAGGACGUGAGUGAACCAGACGGGUUUUUCCUGACAAGCAACAAUGGAUUCAAGGUCGUCAUUAGAUCCUUUAAUUCCAGAUGUUUAUUGAAUUCAGAUUCCACCAUCUGCCAUGCCAAGAUUUGAAGUUGACCCCCAGAACAUUAACUUAGUUGCUGGAUUAGAAGUCCAACAAUAACACCACUUAGAUCAUUGCCUCCUGUUAUUAGGCACCUUCACAGUGGAUGUUCAAGUACAUUGUGCCUAGUCAGCAGUAUGGCUUCAGAAGAUUAUUCCUCCAAUAUAUCUAUGCAGCUGUGUGUGUGAAGACAAUGUCUGAUAACUUUCAAGAACUACUGCUCAAUCUAACAUCAAAAUUUCAGAGGAAGGUUCCUGCACUAACUCUUUUUAGAGAACCUUAUUGUGGACAUCAUUAUAUAAAUGCACAAACAAGAUGUGAUGUGACUCUUAACAUCCAACAUGCUGCUACUCCAAUAUGUUCUCCUUUAUGAGAUGAAACCAUGCAGCAAAACAGUCCUGUAUGUGCUGCUCACAUCACUGAACUGCUGGCCAAAAAAUUUGCUAUUCGGUCAGGAGGCCGAGGAGCAGAUGGCUGUCCAAUUAUAACCUUUCCUGAAUAUUCAAAUUUCACUGAUGUCCCUGAGGAGGAGUUCCAAACUGUUAUAACAUAUUUAACUAGUAUUCCCAGCUUUCAAGAUGGUGACAUUGGAUUUAUUCUGCUUGUGGAUAGGAGGCAAGACAAAUGGUCCUCCGUGAGAGCAUCACUACUACGAAUCACGGGAUCAUUCCCGGGAAAUCUUCAAUUGGUUCUCGUUCUUCGACCCUCAGGAAUCUUUCAAAGAGCUAUCUCUGACAUUGUCCUGAGAUUUAAUCGCGAUGAUUUUAAGUUAAAAGUACCUAUCAUAAUGCUGAAUUCAGUAACCGAAUUACACAGUCACAUUGACAAAACACAGCUAACCCAGGAACUUGGAGGUACACUGGAAUAUUCCCACAGUCAGUGGUUAUAUCAUCGGACGGGUAUUGAAAAUUUUGCUGUAAUGGUAAAAGAAACUGCACAAAUGCUACAGGCCUUUGGAACAGAGUUGGCUGAAACUGAUCUGCCAAAUGAUGUGACAACAACUUUGGGUCUUAUGACAACGCACACCCAAAAGCGAGAUAGGAUGAAGGAUGAUCUAAAUCGGGCACGCAGACAUGGCUCCACCCUCCUCUCCAGUAUCCAGGAACCAGUUGACAUGAAUCCAGAUCAUAAAUUGAACGCAGAUGAGUUGGAUCAUCAGACCACCGUGGAGAGGUUGCUUGCUCAAUUGAAUGAAACUGAAAUAGCCUUUGAUGAAUUUUGGAAUAAACACCAGCUGAAGCUCAAACAAUGCCUCCAACUUCGACACUUUGAGCAAGAUUUCCGAGAGGUCAAGGCAGUUUUGGAUAUUGUAACUGAACGACACAGCACCUUCACGGAUAUUGGAAAUAGCUCCUCCCAUGUAGGCCACAUUGUCAAAGACCUCUGUAACUUUGAAGAAAAGUCUCAGGAAGUAUUAGAGAAAGCUGAAGCUUUGGCAGUCCAAGGGGAUCACCUCAUAGAGGACAAUCACUAUGCUGUGGAUUCAAUUCUUCCCAAAUGCAUCGAGCUGCGAGCUGUCUGUGGCAACCUAGCAAAUGGCCUAAAAACCAAAAAGGAGCUGCUGAACCAGUCAAUGGAGUUGCACAAGAGGCUGGAUCAGGCUAUGCAGUGGUGUGAUUCUGGGAUUUAUUUACUAGCCUCUCAAUCUGUUGACAAAUGUCAGUCUCAGGAUGGGGCAGAGGCAGCCCUGCAGGAAAUUGAGAAAUACCUGGACACUGCAUCAGGCCAGAAACUGGACGAUCUUAGUAACAUCACUAAUGAAUAUAAAACGAUACUCGGAGGCGAACUCAUGGAUCGUGUUCUAAAAACCUUUCAGAAGCAAGAGGAGAUGGAGGAGAUGUUUGAAAAGCGAAGCAUAAGUCUUAAGAAGUUGGCUGCAAAACAAACGCGUCCAGUGCAACCAGUUGCUCCUCGUCCUGAAGGAGUUCCAAGAUCACCUAUCCCCUUCCCCAGCAAAGAUAUCGGAAAAGGACAUGAUCCCAACUUCAGCCACAAAGCAAAUGUGACUCAAAUUAAUCUGUUAAAAAGAAACAAAAGUCUUUCAAAGAUUGAGGUGAAUGAGCAUGGUGAGGGAAGGAAAUGUUCCACUUCCGACAAUGAGGAAAACCUUGCAGUGUUGAGAAGCCACGUAAUGAAUGAGCUGAUUGAAACAGAGAGGGCCUAUGUAGAAGAAUUGCUUUGCGUGCUGGAGGGGUAUGCUGCAGAGAUGGAAAAUCCCUCCAUGAUUCCAUUUAUUCCAGUGGUUCUUCAGAAUAAGAAAGAUGUGCUGUUUGGAAACAUGCCUGAAAUAUAUGACUUCCAUAACAGGAUAUUCCUGAGGGAAUUGGAAAAUUACAUAGACUGCCCAGAGUUGGUGGGACGGUGUUUCCUGGAACGGAUGGAAGACCUUCAAAUUUAUGAGCGGUACUGUCGGAAUAAACCCCGCUCGGAGAGCUUGUGGAGGCAGUGCUCAGAUUGCAUUUUCUUUCAGGAAUGCCAGAAAAGAUUAGAACACAAGCUGGGUUUGGAUUCGUAUUUGUUGAAACCUGUGCAGCGGAUAACCAAGUACCAGUUACUGCUAAAGGAGUUGUUGAAGUACAGCAAAAACUCUGAUGGAGCCAAGGAUCUGCAGGAAGCACUGGCAGCUAUUUUGGGAAUUCUGAAAGCCGUGAAUGACUCUAUGCACCAGAUCGCCAUCACAGGAUACGAGGGAAAUUUAAAUGAACUCGGUAAACUUCUAAUGCAAGGUUCGUUCAACGUCUGGAUAGACCAUAAGAAGGGGCACGCAAAAGUCAAAGAUCUAGCGCGAUUCAAACCAAUGCAGAGACAUCUGUUCCUCCAUGAGAAAGCAUUGCUUUUUUGCAAGAGAAGAGAAGAAAGUGGUGAGGGGUAUGAGAAAGCCCCCUCUUACAGUUAUAAGCAAUCUUUGCAUAUGACCACUGUUGGUAUCACUGAGAAUAUUAAGGGAGAUAAUAAGAAAUUUGAAAUUUGGUACAACGCAAGGGAAGAGGUUUACAUUGUACAGGCAGCAACACCUGAAGUAAAAAAUAUGUGGGUAAAUGAAAUACGGAAAGUCUUAACAAGUCAACUGGAAGCUCGUAGAGUUUCCAAUCAACAACAGAAGAUAGAAUCUACACCUGUGGCUCCUUUAGCUGUACCUGUUAAUACCAGUCCCUUGAGGAGCCCACAGAAGGUGAAAAGAGCUGAGAUUGUGAGCCCAGAAAAUCACAGCAUUUUGGUGACCUCACCAAAGAGGCAAGAAAAAGUGAAAGGUUGGACCAAAGUGUCUCAGUCCCUUGACAUUUCAGAAGAAAACAAUGAUGGAUGGUCCAGUGCUGAUGACCAGCUCAAUUCAUCCGAUUGUGAAGAGGAAACUAGCAGAAAGUUGCUCCCUGGAAAGUACACAGUAAUAGCAGACUACGGGAAGUCAGGCAGAGAGGAAUUAACAGCAAAUGCCGGCGAUCUCUUACAGCUGAUCCGUGAGGGCCAGGAUGGGCAAUGGCUUGUCAGAAAUCUUAACACAAAUAAAGAGGGCUGGGUCCCGGCUACAAACCUGCAGACACUGAUGGGGGAUUCCAACUCUUCCCAAUCACUAAGUAGCUCAGAAUCUGCCAGUGCUUCAAGUACCCUGAGCUCCUCAUCAAGUUGUGCUGAACAUAGCACUGCCAGUAGCACCAGCAUUGUGAAUAUUAAGGGCUAACCGUUCUAUUUUGAUGCAUAAAAUUGGUGACACCAUUCGUGGAAAUUCUCCCUCUUCCUGAACUAACCAGCCUUGAAGUAGAAGGUCCAAGGUUUUGUAUCUUCAUCCUGCCUCAUCUUCAUUCUCAGCUUUAACUGGGCUUUACCUUCUAAAUUAAGUGUUCCUUGAAGUAGCGUUACAUUUGGUGUCUGCUAAACUGUUACUGAGACCUUCAGAAAGAGGACCAUGAGGCUCAUGAAUUUGUUAUUUACAGCCUCUUCAUUUCUGUUGAAGGCUGCCCGCUUUGUGAGUUUGAUCAUGGUGCCAAGAGCGUUUUUUGAUGGAUAAUUAAUGGAAUAAUUAAGGAAUGGGCCCAUUCUUACAGGUUGGAGUGGAAUAUUACAAGAGUAUAAUUUCAUAACGAGGACCAUUUUAAACACGAUGAGGUUUUUUUUGUGGGUGGGGUGGUCUGGGUGGGGAACUAUUGAUGUGAUGCAUUGAAGAAACAGCAGGGAUAACAGCACAAAAGUAACACUGUGAAGGUACUUUAUCAAGAGCUUCAGAUAAGCACAUUUCAGAGCAACUGGCAGGGAUAUUAAGUUGCACUUUAUGAAGACGUAACUCAGCAUUUGGCUGUGCUUUUCAAAUGCCCUGUAAUGCAUAUGGUCAUCACAUGUGUUUGUUUUUGGACCUAAUGCGCAAUCAACAACUUGGUGGCAAAACUCUUUCUUUCUUGGUUGCCACUGAGAGAGAAUCUGGUCUUUAAGCCCCAGAAUAAUAAUUUUACUGUUGAAUAUGGCACUUGCAGGUAAAUAUUUUCUGAGUGUUUACAUAAUCAUUUGAUCGUUUCUUUGCUAGUGGUUGAUUUACAAAAUCUGUUAGAACAUUUUUGAGAGUGGCUAGCUGCUCUGGAAUUCACUGUGAUUCUAUUCCAUUAGCUACCAAAGUGCUGCAUUGUGGGCCUGGGGUAAAAUGUUGCAAAUGUCAAUGAUUAAACAAAAUAUUUGACCAAUUGUGUAAAUGGCUUUGAGUAAGGGGUAUAUAUUUUUACAGGCGCAGCAUUCUUUAUAGUAUCCAUGAGCUUUGGCUAUAACCCUUUGACUAUACUCUGACACGCAAAUGAUGUGCUUGUGAGCUGUUGUAUGAUUUCCAAAAGCUCCAUAUUGUUUAGAUAUCAGUAGCACUGAAAAAAAGAUUUAUCUGCUUUCCCUCACCCAUUGAGUGUACUGCUUGGUGGCCACUUCACCAUCAAUUUCAGUUGAGCGUUGAUAUUUCCCAUGGUGGCUGAUGUCACAACUGCCUCUCCUAUCGUGUUAGAUUUUGCUGGGAUAUUUUAAUACAGCUUUUGACCGAAUCAAAGUGUUACUCCCUUGCACGUCAUAGUACACUUUAGAUAAUGUGAUGCACUACAGCACACUUCAUGGCACUUUAUUCAACCCUUUGUGCUCAUUUUUAUUGGUGGUGUCCAGGAUCCUUAGAACCUGUCCUGUUUGUUGUCUUCUGUAUUGUGUGAAUGGCAGCAUGAAUACAAUAAAGGGAGAAAUG